AUGCCGAAUUAUAUUCUCAUAUAUUUUGGAGUUCGUGGUUAUGGUGAACCAGCAAGAUUAAUGUUCAAAUAUGCUGAUGUUGAUUUUGAAGAUAGAAUAAUUGAUAUGAAGGAUUGGCCUGAAUUAAAACCAAAAACACCUUUUGGACAAUUACCUGUUUUACAAUACGAAAAAACUCAAAUUGCUCAAUCAUUUGCAAUUUACCGUUUUUUGGGGAAACAAUUUAAAUUAUAUCCCCUUUGUAAAGUUACAUCAAGUUUAACUGAUGGAAUUGGGGAUUAUAUUAAAGAGUUCAGUGAUAAAGUAGGAAUGUAUUUUUUAGUUUUAUCUGGCUUUAAAGAAGGAGAUAAGAAAGAAUUAUUUGAAAAUACUGUACUACCAGCUGUCAAAGAAUACUUUCCAACAAUAACAUCAUGGUUAGAAAAGUCAAAUUCUGGCUUUUUAGUAAAAACUGGAUUAACAUGGGUUGACUUUUUUGCUGCUGAAAAAUUAGGAAAUGUAAUUAAUAUUGAUGAAAAUAUUGCCAAAGAUUAUCCUGUAAUUAAGCAAUAUAUUGACAAAUUUUAUUCACUUCCAAGAAUUAAAGAAUAUGUAGAGACAAGACCUAAGAGCUUAUAUUAA